UGUAUUUUUAGUAGAGUCGGGGUUUCACCAUGUUGGACAGGAUAGCCUCGAUCUCUUGACCUCGUGAUCUGCCUGCUUCAGAAGGAGAGUAACCCGUGCCCCAGGACCACUGAUGAAGGCCUCCUGUUGAUAAUUUUAAAUACCAGAAUCUGAGAGUGGAGAAAAUUGGCCCAAAGACAGACAAAAAAGCUGGGAAGAAAAUCAACUACAUUUUUCAACACACAAACAAUGCCAUUUAAAGUACUGGAUUGAGUGUAGAAAAAUUACCAACAUUCCUAAUUUGGUUAGUGUCUAUAUUUCUUAAUAUAGUAGUAGUUAAAGUCUGUCUCCUAAGUUUGUAUAAAUCUGACCCCCAUGUCAUUGACCAAUUGGAAAUAAUAAUGUAAACAGACUCUGUUGCCUUAAUUAUGUGCACUGAAUGCUUUGUCAAAUUGUAACUAUUUUAAUAUUAAUUCUAAGCCGCAGGUCUUUGCCAAACAAGAUACUGAAUUACUCUCUUUUGUUUAGGAGUAGAAUACACAAUAACCUAAUAUUUAAAAGUAUUAUUGAGAAGACGAAAAUCUUGAGAUUGAAUUUUUCUUUAUCCUAAAUUUUAGAUGAUUCUUUUUGCUCUACUCCAUAGAAGACACUAAGAAUUAGCUUGAUCUGCUUUCUUAUUUUAUUUUUUUCUACUUGACCUAAAAAUCCAGGGGUGGGUUACACAGAGUUUACUUAGGAGACUUUGGUAAGGGAGAGAGAAAAAUUAUAUACAAUCUGGAAACACGAAACAUGUAAACAAUGAAAGCUAGAAGAAUGGAAGCGACAAUGUGCUCAGGAAAUUAUGUGUCAUUUUGUCGGAGGUCAGGGUGCCCUGAGUCCAGGGAGGGUAACACUGGUUUUCCUGACCAUUGUGAAGGCAAGGAAUCCGUGUGUUGUCCUAUCAGUUCCAUUCAGGGCAGGGUAGAGACUUUUCAAAUGGAAGAAAAUGUGCAUUAAAGGACAUUCUUUCUUCAUGGGGUGGGGUAGUGAAUGCCUUGGGGUUCAGGCAUGGAGUUGUUUGGGCCAGGUAAAUAGUGAGGGGAAAUAGCCAGGCAGUCAGUGGUGAAGUUGGUAUUUUGCAAGUCAUUUUAAGAGGAUACCAAAUAAAGUGCAUUAAUCUGUAUUUCAUUAAAAAUUAGCUGGUGGGAAAGUGAAAAGUUGAAGACAAGGACCUUCUAAGUAAAACAGCUUGAUACUCCUUGGCCAUAACACAGUGUUUACAAAUAGGGGAUAAAACAUUCACUUCUUAGGCGCUCGAUGAGCUUAACUGGGCAGACACUUCUGAGCAUUCAAUCCCAUUCUCUGGGUGGUUAAAGGCUGAGUGCCCACCAAAUCCCCUAUCUCAGCAUCAUCUGUGACCAUGAUUCAAAUUCUUUCCCAUGAAGCUCUAAGGUCUCAUCUGACUCAGUAGAUGUAACUCAAGACUUGUACCUUUGACCCCAGUAUUCUAAGACAAACACCACAGCGGAUGCUGGAAGUGAAAGGAGAGGAGGGGUUUGUUUUAAAGUCAGGGGCCCAAGGUGCCCUGGCAAUUUCAGACUCCCUGGGACCGGAGCUCCUCCUCCAGUAAGCUCUUGUUUUUGAAAAACAGUAGGGUGGGGCCAAAAAGCAUUACAAUGGAGCUGGGAUGGAUGAGGCUUUCUUUCAUUUGAAAUGUCACUUGUGUCAGGUUUCAUGAAACAGUGCAUUGGAAAACAGAAGCUAUGUUCUGCCCCGUGGGUUGCGCUGGAAGAGCCGAGAGACCAGGCUGUGGAUCUCUGCCACCAGCAGCAAGAGAGGGCAAGCCCAGCCGCCCGCUAGGGGACCAGCAGGAAGCGGCGCGCCUGCCAGAGCUCAUCACUUCAACCCUGGCUUUCACUGCGCUCACUCCCUGAAUGGCAGUAACCGGGGGGCGGGGGUGGCAUGGGAAAUGAAAGAAAAGAGAUCUGGGAAAGUAAAUCUGCCCGGGGAAAAAGAGUUACCGGAGUUUUGGCAAAACAGCUAGCAGAUGCAGACGGGGUGGCAGAGGGAGGAGAGAAAGCUGGGCUUCAGCAACCUGCCACGGAAAUUUAAACAAAGGAGGUUUGAGAGAGGCGGAUCCGGCUGAAAUAUCGGCACGGGGACACAGAGACCGCUGCUGGACUCUCGGGUUGAAACGGAAUCGAUUCCCAGCGUCUCCAUUGGGGCAGGAGUGUCUGGAGUAUGUUCCAAAAUAAGAACUCAGAGAAACGAGUGAGUUUGGAAAAAAGACUUACAGAUUUUGACGGUCUCUGACAUUUCACCCUUCUUUGAGGCAUGCCUUUAUCAAUGCGUUACCUCUUUGUAAUUUCUGUCUCUAGUGUAAUUAUUUUCAUCGUCUUCUCUGUGUUCAAUUUUGGGGGCGAUCAAAGCUUCCAGAGGCUAAAUAUCUCAGACUCUUUGAUGCUGACUCGAGUUUGCACAUCUUUUAUCAAUGGGAAAACACCUUUCCUGUGGAAAAACAAACUAAUGAUCCAUGAGAAGUCUUCUUGCAAGGAAUACUUGACCCAGAGCCACUACAUCACAACCCCUUUAUCUAAGGAAGAAGCUGAAUUUCCCUUGGCGUACAUAAUGGUCAUCCAUCAUCACUUCGACACCUUUGCAAGGCUCUUCAGGGCUAUUUACAUGCCCCAAAAUAUCUACUGUGUCCAUGUGGAUGAAAAAGCAACAACUGAAUUUAAAGAAGCAGUAGAGCAACUAUUGAGCUGCUUCCCAAAUGCUUUUCUGGCUUCCAAGAUGGAACCAGUUGUCUAUGGCGGGAUCUCCAGGCUCCAGGCUGACCUGAACUGCAUCAAAGAUCUUUCUGCCUUGGAGGUCUCCUGGAAGUAUGUUAUCAACACCUGUGGGCAAGACUUCCCCCUGAAAACCAACAAGGAAAUAGUUCAGUAUCUGAAAGGAUUUAAAGGGAAAAAUAUCACCCCAGGAGUGCUGCCCCCGGCUCAUGCAAUUGGACGGACUAAGUACGUCCACCAAGAGCACCUGGGCAAAGAGCUUUCCUAUGUGAUAAGAACCACAGCAUUGAAACCACCUCCCCCCCAUAACCUCACGAUUUACUUUGGCUCUGCCUAUGUGGCUCUAUCCAGAGAGUUUGCCUAUUUUGUUCUGCAUGACCCACGGGCUGUUGAUUUGCUCCAGUGGUCCAAGGACACUUUCAGUCCUGAUGAGCAUUUCUGGGUGACACUCAAUAGGAUUCCAGGCCACCGCUUCACAAGAGAAUAUUAACCUCUAGUCUUACAAAACUGUUAUCCCAAUCUAUUAUCUGUAUUCUGUGCUAUUAAAAACAGUGUCUCUAUGAAAAAACCCACUAUAUUAAAUAAACAUUUCAGAAAUGCCUUUUUAAAUAGAAUGUGCAGAAU